CGUUCAUCGAUUUCCGGCCAUAAGGCGCGCCGAUCACAUACAUUGGCAGCAGGGGCUGAGGACUGUCUGGGCCAGGGCACGCGGACUAGCAGCACGCUUUUCAAGGGCACUGCAGCAGGCUCCAGGAGAUUGGCAGCAAGCUCACUGCAUAGUCCGCAACCCAGCACCUGCGUGGCGCGGCGGCAGGCCGAGCAGCAGCUGCAGCGGCUGCACCACAGCCGCGGUAGCAGGCGCGGGUCAUGGCCGCACGCCAGCAGCCGCUGCCGACGGCCUGGGACUCCUCCAUCCGCUCCCCCGCGCAGCGCUACCUGUCGGUAGAUGGCUGCAGGGUGAAGUACGUCGGCCCCGGCAGCGACGACCGCGACGCGGCGGCGGUACGGGCCAACCACCCCGUCCCGCCCGACUGCCCGCUGUUCUAUUUCGAGGUGGAAGUGACCAGCCGGGGGCGGGACGGAUUCAUAGGCAUCGGCUUCUCCACCGCCGACGUGAAGCUGGACCGGCUGCCCGGGUGGGAGCCCCACAGCUACGGGUACCACGGCGACGACGGCCACGCGUUCAGCGGGCGCGGCACGGGACGUGCCUACGGGCCUGUGUACACCACAGGCGACUGGAUCGGCGUGGUGUUCAACCGGGUAGAGCGCACCAUCACCUUCACCAAGAAAGGCUAUGACCUGGGCGUGGCGUUUGAAGGGGUCACCGAGGAGCGGCUCUACCCUUCCGUGGGCUUCCGCACGCCAGACGAGGAGAUUGUGGCCAACUUUGGGACCGACCUGGCGGCGCGGCCCUUCAAGGGUGACCUGGCCUGGAUCAAGGCAGAGGCCAGCCAGCGCCUCUACUCCUCCGUGCUUUCCACCACCGUGCCACGGUCCUCCAAGGGCCAGAACGUGAUAGGGGAGCUUGUCUUUGGCUACCUCCAGCACCACGGACACUGGGACACGGCGGCGGCGGUGGCUCGCGACGUUCUGGGCGGGUCCGCGGCGGUCAGGCAGCAGGACGUGCAGGACAUGCAGGUGCGGCAGCAGAUUGGAGAGCGGGUGGAGGCGGGGGACGUGGAUGCUGCGCUGGCGCUGACGGAGCAGCUUGCGCCCGGCCUGCUGGCCGCCAGCCCCCGCAUCCACUUCCGCCUGCAGUGCCAGAAGUUUGCAGAGAUGAUCAAGGCGGGGCAGGUGGCCGAGGCGAUAGAAUACGGGCGUGCCCAUGUCGUGCCCCUGGCGUCUCCCAGCGACAGCGGUACCGCGGCGGCAGCUGACCGAGAGCUGCUGGAGGAUGCCACUGCGCUGCUUGCGUAUGAUGACCCCACGACCGGGCCCACGGGCUACAUGCUGCUGCCCUCACACCGCUCCGAGCUGGCAGCGACGCUGAAUCGAGCCAUCCUGGCGCACA